ACAAGGUGUCAUCAGUCAGUGUUGUCAGUUUUGUCUUAGAAGGUACCUUGCCUAAAGGUAUACUAUUCUAACUUCCUUAUCCUGCCUAACCUUAUGUAGCAUAACAUCAGACUACCACCAGCCUAUCACCAGCCUACCUAAGAAUGCCGAGGCAACCUCAUAUAUACGUAUACGUCUACUCGUGACCGCCGACCUACUAUGCUUUUGAAGGCCUCAACAUCCACCAUUCUUAAUCCAACCAAGUUCUAGGCCCCAACCAUACUUUCCCGCGCCACACUCUCGAGCUCUUCUCUGCCCUCGUGUGCUAUCGCGCUUCGCUGCGCCGUCUGUCGCCAUGAAGGCCGUCGAGCCACGACGGUGUUCGCCAUCGCUACACGACGUUUCGGAACAGAAAUCGACAACCGGCCUUCCCGGUCCGACCUUAGAUCCAGUCACUGCUCACCCUGCAGGCAAAGCCAAGUAUGGCCGCUUCAGAGCGUUCCUGCGUGCCGUCUCCGUCUUCAUAUACUUCGCGAGUGGCUGCGUGACCAUACACGCUACCCAACUCAUCGGUGCUCCGUUGUACUAUGCUAACCGCGACCUAUACUACUCAUACAUGUCCUUGACCAAGGCCUCUUUCGGCCUGUUAAUAACUACCAUGACCCAGUGGUGGGCGCCUACGGUGAUAAGAAUGAGCGGCGAUGCUUCUGUUGCCGACCAGCUCAGAUUGGCCCCCGAUGGCAGGGUCGAAUGCGCUUUUCCAGAGCGCAUGGUUAUGAUCGCGAACCACCAGAUCUAUACCGACUGGCUGUAUUUAUGGUGGGUUGGAUAUACAAACAAUCCUUCCAUGCACGGACACAUCUACAUCAUCCUGAAAGAGUCGUUGAAACGAAUCCCCGUCCUUGGCCCGGGCUGCAUCUUUUUCGGCUUUAUCUUUAUGUCGCGCAAGAUGGCCGUCGAUCAGCCACGUCUCGCUCACAGGCUUAGAAAGCUGAAGACUCGACAUACGGACCCCGACGGUGAAAGCUAUUUAAACCCUAUGUGGUUGCUUCUUUUUCCUGAAGGAACCAAUCUAUCUGGGAACGGUCGAAAUAAGUCAGCUCGAUGGGCCGCGAAGAUGGGGCUCCGAGAUACGGAGCAUUUGAUGCUACCUCGAAGUACCGGCAUGUUCUUUUCCCUCAACGAACUCAAGGGGACGGUAGACUACGUGUACGACUGCACAGUAGCUUACGAAGGUGUUCCCCGUGGUAAAUAUGGUGAAAACUAUUUUACUUUAUCAAGUACCUAUUUUCAGGGGCGGCCUCCUAAAUCGGUAAAUUUCUACUGGAGGCGAUUUGCUCUGGCCGAUAUGCCCUUGGAUAACCAAGAAGAGUUUGAUAAGUGGCUUCGUGAACGGUGGUACGAGAAAGACGCUCUACUCGAACAAUAUGUAUCGACAGGUCGGUUUCCAGAAAAUGCGGCCGACAUCAAGGGGCACAUCGAAACGGAAGUCCGAACUCAAUAUUGGUGGGAAUUCAUUAAAAUAUUCGUUAUGCUUGGUUCGUUUGGUUUGAUAUUUAGUUUCUUCCUAAGAACCUUUCGCGCCCUUGCACGUGGUUAGUUGGCCGUCAACAAACCCUCUCUUGCUAAGGCAGACCUGGGUACCUUAGAAAUAAAUGAUAGUAAAAAUAAGGUUAUGAGAUUAUCGUUAGAUACCAGCAACGGCUUGCCAUUUAUGAUACCACGAAGACUUGUAUGUAGCAUAAGGGGGAUAUGGGAGUUUUUGGAUCGAGUGGAAGAUGUCGCAUGAUAGCACAGGUACCUAAGUCGAACACAUAACUCUACUCAUGUCUUUAUUAGUCCGAUAGUCUAGCAUAUACCUACAACGGGAUGGCGGGGUUAUUUACUCGAUUGUACGUAAGGAAACGACGAUAUACUGAGUUAAAGGAUCUCUGCUAUUAGAAGAAACCGCAAGCUUGCUUAAAUCAUUGAGAUGUCACGAAUAAAAGAAACUUCAAAAUUUA